UUUCUGUCUGCGUUGGACAGAUGGACUGUCUCUCUCUUUUGUAUCUUCUGACAAAGCAACUUCACCCUCUCUUUUUUAUUCUCUCUGCAAAUCUCUCCUCUCCCUCCAUAGCUCAUCUUGUAUAUUACUCACCUAGCUAGCUUGUAUAUAGUGGGAUCUUCUUUUAGUAAGUUGAUUAAUAGGAGGAAAUUAAUGGCGUCGUCGAGAGGUCGAAGCAGGAAGCAGCAGCAGCAAAUGUACUGGUGUGCGCAGCCUUUGACCCCUCUAAUGGAGGGACCGGAUAUGGAAAUGCAAGAUCAUGAUGAAGGUGGAAUAUUUAGCAAAAAAGAUAGUUCAUGGGAAGUCAUUCGAGAAUGGUUCCGGUUGCAGAGAAUCAAUAGCAGCAGCUUCUCUUCUUCUUCUUCUUCUUCUUCAUCAAUGUCAGUGUCGAUGUCAAUGUACGGUACAGCUACUAUUCCGGCCAAGAGACAAGAUUUGAGACUUUUGCUCGGCGUGUUGGCUUGCCCCCUCGCUCCAAUUCCUUUAGUACUACUGGAAAACUCCAUUAAUCGCCCUCCUCUUCACAUCAAAGACAUACCAAUUGAGAGGUCUACGGCGCAUUACAUAAUACAGCAGUACUUGGCAGCAAGUGGAUGUUUGAAGCAGCAGCAGCAGGAGGACAUGGAAAAAGCAGGAGGAGGAGGAGGUAGAAAUAGAAAGAAGAACAUGUACAGUAGCGGCAUGGUGAAGAUGAUUUGCUGUGAAACAGAGAUCUCGUGUGGAAAGAGCGUGAAGAGCUUGGGGACAAGGAGCGGAGAGAAUGGUUGCUUCGUGCUUUGGCAAAUGUCUCCGGACAUGUGGUCGCUGGAGCUGGUUGUUGGUGGACAUAAGGUCAUCGCAGGGAGUGAUGGCAAGAUCGUCUGGCGACAUACUCCUUGGCUUGGCACUCAUGCUGCUAAAGGACCCCAACGUCCCCUCCGACGCAUCAUUCAGGGGUUAGAUCCAAAAAGCACAGCAAGGCUAUUCGCGAAAGCUCAAUGUUUAGGGGAGAAAAGAAUAGGCGACGAGGAUUGCUUCGUGUUGAAAGUGGCAGCAGAUCGUGCGGCUGUGAUGGAACGAAACGAAGGUCCAGCGGAAGUGAUAAGGCACGUGUUGUAUGGCUACUUCAGCCAAAAGAAUGGGCUCCUCAUCUACAUGGAGGACUCUCACCUCACCAGAGUUCAAUCGCAAUCCCCGGGGAAUGAUACGGUGUAUUGGGAGACCACCAUCGGUAGUAGUAUCGCAGACUACAGAGACGUCGAUGGCGUCCUCAUCGCUCACCAAGGGAGGACCAUCGCCACCGUUUUCCGCUUCGGCGAGGUGUCCGUACAACACAGUAGAACCAGAAUGGAAGAAGUAUGGAGGAUCGACGACGUCGUCUUUGACGUCCCGGGCCUCUCCAUCGACUCCUUUAUCCCUCCCGCUGACAUCUAUCUCUGAAUAUUAUUCCAACCCGUCCAUCAUUUUGCUUUUCUUUCCUUAAAAAGUAAUAUAUAUAUAUAUAUAUAUAUAGUCUUCUUAAUUACCAAAUUAUAUAAUCAUUUUCUAACCAUAUAUAUAUAAAUAAUAAUAAUUACUUUUGUAGCUACUUCAUUAAUUGCAUUGGUGGUACGUACAUUAAUUAAUGGUGUAUUAAUUUUGUUGGGAUAUUCACUUAGUUAAUUUGCACCUGAUUAUCAUCCAUUAAGGAUGGCACUUUCUUGCAUGGGAUGGAAAUAAUCUAUAUAUAUAUAUAUAUAUAUAUAUAUAUAUAUAUAGGAGUGCUUGGUUAUAUGUACUCAUUUGGGUAGGAGCCUAGGAGUGCUUGAUUCUAAGGGCAAUGGAUCAAUUUUAUGUAAAAAGGUUAUACAUAUAUAUAUAUGUGUGUGUGUGUGUGUGUAAAAAUGAGUCAUUAAAAUAUUGGAAUAUCAGAAGACUUCUCUA